AGGAGGUGCACGAAUCGAAAUAAAUUGGGAAAGGCCCUGGAGGACACGGCAUUCAGAGGACUUUCUGCGGUUUGCCGGGCCACCGCAUCGCUCGUGAAUAUUGGGAACCUGUCACCGCUUAAGAGCAUGAAGUUUUACAGCCAGCACGCGGUGCAGCAGAACACGCUUUUCAACCGCCGCAUCCCCAACGACUUCGGGCCGGCGCCCUGCCCCCGCCCCGCGCUGCCCCUCAAACCGAGGCGCUCGGUGCACUUCCCCAACGACGUCGUCUUCCAGGACUGCGUCCGGCAGGGAGACCUCGAGCAGGUGGGCCGCUUCCUCCGAGCCGGGAAGGUUCAUCUCGACACCGUCUACUUGUCCGGCAUGCCGGCGCUGCACGAGGCCGUCCUCUCGGGGAACCUGGAGUGCGUGAAGCUGCUGGUGAAACACGGCGCCGACGUUCUCCAGCGGGACGAGGACGGCUGGACCCCCCUGCACAUAGCCUGCAGCGACGGGUACCCGCGCAUAGCCCGGUACCUCCUCUCACAGGGCGCCAGCGCGGACGCGGAGAACGAGUGCGGGGAAAGGCCGGCCGACCUCAUCGACCCGGACUGCGAGGAGCUGGCGAGGCUCUUCCAGGCGGGCUGUGACUGAACGCCUCAGCCACUGGCCGGAACUCAACUGCACCUCCUCCUCUUGAUUUGCUAUGGCGACGGAAGAGAACGAGAAGUCAGUGGCACGCGCACCGAUCCGGUGCGCGCUCGCAGGGACGGGACGACAGACCUGUGCCAGGGACAGGAGGCAGCAAACCUCGAACGGUCGUCUGGUGAGGACGGAGAGCCGCUGCUGAGACGAGAUGUCCUUCCUGCCAAUCAGGAGACGCACUUCUUCUCGCUGACGGCAGACACAGAAGGAAAAUUAUUGUUUUUUUUUUUUUUUUACAUUUUUAUACAUGAAGGAUAUGGUUUUCGAGGGAUUGUUGUAUAAAUUUGAACGUUAUUUUCUCGUUCUGCUGCUGCAUUUUGUAUUUGUGUGUGCUUCUGUGUUGUAGACAAAACCUUUUCAGCCAAUGCAAAAGCCGUCUGUUUCUGCCAGCUAUCAGUGACCACAGUCCUGCAUUACCAGGCCAGAUAGGUAAAUUAUUGAACAUUAAUACACAGCAGCUACUCACCUAUCACACAGUGGCACCUGGCCAACCUUGUCAGGGUGUCCUUUAAUUCUUAAUAUUAUUUUCUUUAAAUGUAAAUGAAUAACCAGGUCUACACCAGAUUUUCACAAAUUACAAAGCAUACCACCUGCAUGCUGAUGAAAAAAAACCUGGCAGAAGAUUACAAAUUUAAAUUUAUAGUGAGUGCGCUCUUAAAUCACAUCACAUUACUUACAAUGACAGAUGCACAAGACUACUGAUGUUGCUGGCAUGUGGUUUCCAACACAUUUGUACCCCCCAAAAAGGAGGCACUCUCAUAAUCACCAAAUGUAGGCAACACUGCUGUCUACUUACACAAAGAUCCACUCUGUUCCAUGACAAGCUUAACUUUAGCAUUUCUAUGACCCCACUGUAUGAUUCUUUGCGAAAAUAUAAUUUUUGUUUUCUGCUUCAUUUUAUUUUACAGUAGUAAAGGUGUUGCGAGAAGUCCUGUAUACCUAACUUGCACUUUUAUCUCCUUAUGAAAGUCUUACUAUUUUUAUAUAUAUUUUUCAUUAAAGUUGCCUUUUAUAUCAAA